GGGUGGACCUGGCCUAAGAUGGGGAGCGUUCUUGUUGCGGCUGGGUUCAUAGCGCUACAAUUUGCCAUUGGGAAGGCCAAUCCAGAUUCAAAACGUUUAUAUGACGACUUACUGAGCAAUUAUAAUCGCUUGAUACGGCCCGUGGGCAACAAUUCGGAUCGUUUAACGGUGAAAAUGGGUUUACGUCUAUCACAGUUGAUUGAUGUUAAUCUCAAGAAUCAGAUAAUGACGACAAACGUCUGGGUGGAGCAAGAGUGGAAUGACUAUAAACUCAAGUGGAAUCCAGACGACUACGGCGGUGUAGACACACUUCAUGUGCCAUCUGAACACAUUUGGCUGCCGGACAUAGUUUUGUAUAAUAAUGCGGAUGGCAAUUAUGAAGUAACAAUAAUGACAAAAGCAAUAUUACAUCAUACAGGAAAAGUAGUAUGGAAGCCGCCAGCGAUCUAUAAAUCAUUUUGUGAAAUUGAUGUAGAGUACUUCCCAUUUGACGAGCAAACAUGUCUCAUGAAGUUUGGCUCUUGGACAUAUGAUGGUUAUAUGAUUGAUUUACGUCAUCUACUACAAUCGCCCGAUUCAGAUGUAAUUGACAUCGGAAUUGAUCUUCAAGACUACUAUAUAUCAGUCGAAUGGGAGAUCCUGAAGGUGCCUGCCGUUAGAAAUGAAAAAUUUUAUAGUUGUUGUGAAGAACCAUAUCCCGAUAUAAUUUUUAAUAUAACAAUCAGACGAAAGACAUUGUUUUAUACAGUUAAUUUAAUCAUACCAUGUGUUGGUAUAUCAAUGUUAUCAGUGCUAGUUUUCUAUUUACCAUCGGACAGUGGAGAGAAAAUAUCAUUAUGUAUCAGCAUAUUACUCUCACUGACUGUGUUUUUUUUACUGCUUGUUGAAAUUAUUCCACCGACAUCAUUGACCGUGCCAUUGUUGGGCAAAUAUCUCCUCUUCACUAUGAUGCUAGUCACUUUAUCUGUUUGUACGACAAUUGCUGUGUUAAAUGUUAAUUUUCGAUCUCCGGUAACGCAUAAAAUGGCACCGUGGGUUCAACGAAUAUUUAUCGAAUUUCUGCCUAAGCUCCUGUGCAUACAACGACCCAAAAAGGAAGAUGAACCGCAAGUCGAAGAGCAACCGCCAGAAGUGUUAACUGAUGUGUUCCAUGUACCACCAGAUGUGGAGAAAUAUUCACCAUUUUGUACAAACAAAUAUAGUACUGAUUUUGAUAUACCAGCUCUGCCACCAUCGCGUUUCGGUGAGCCACCAUUGCCAGCACUGCCAUUGCCAUUAUCGAGUGGCGACGAAGAACUUUUUAGUCCUGGAAUCAACGAUAUGAGUCCAAAUUGUUGCGGUGAUGUGAGUCCAACGUUUGAGAAGCCAAUGUAUCGUGAAAUGGAGAAGACGAUGGAAGCAUCCCGUUUCGUAGCUCAACAUGUUAAAAAUAAAGAUAAAUUCGAGAGUGUAGAAGAAGACUGGAAAUACGUAGCAUUGGUAUUAGAUCGUUUAUUUUUAUGGAUAUUUGCAAUUGCUUGUGUGGUUGGCACAUGCUUAAUUAUCCUGCAAGCACCCUCACUCUACGAUACGACAAAUCCCAUAGAUAUUCAAUACUCAAAGAUCGCCAAAAAGAAGCUCGAAUUACUGAAAAUGGGGAGUACGGGUGUCUAGCAGACACCCGGGUUCAUAGCCGGUGUUUGGACAACAAUCCAAGCAUGGCUACGAACCCUGGCCAAUCAAGACAGCCAUUAAAUCAAAAAUCAUUGCAACAGUUGCUUAACUACCGAUACGAAACCAUCUGCAACACUCGAUUAAAAGUGAUUAUCGACGAAACACUCAAUGACGAAUUUCCUCUACGUUUAAUGGACACAAAAAUGUGGUCGCUUCUGAAGCUAAUUAAAAAAUAACAUUAAAGCAAAUUAAUAAAAACGGCAAGUGCAAAGAACGUUAAAAAAAGCGAAAUGGAAAUUUGUGGGACAAAUGAUAAUAACAUGCACAGACAUUUUUUAAUGAAAAUUAAUUAUGCAAUAGUAGUGAUGUUCAACGAGACGACAAAGCCAGAAGAUGGAAAAAUAAAGAAAGGAAAAACAUAAAAGAAUUAUUUGUGAAAUAAAAAAAUAAAAGCUUAAAUGCCUGGCUCAUAAAUCGCGGUUCUAUGAGACACAUCCGUGACCAUAACAGAAAUUAUAAUGAAUUUCAAUUAACACAAAAGAAAUAAAAGGAAAAAAUCCCGACAACAACUGUCGAGUAGAAAGCUCGAGAUAAAAAUAUGAAGAAAAUGUAAAAAAAGAAAACAUUAAGGAAGGAAAAUUUGCAGUGUUAUUUUUAUUCCCCCCAAUUUGUCGGUGUAAGUGUUAACUAAAAUGACUAACCAUUUUUUUAUAGAUGUAAAUUAAAUGGGACAUUAAUUGAUGAUGAAACUUAUUCCGAGAGUGAUUUGAACGUAAACGUUGAACAUAAAAUAAAUUAAAAUAAAAUAAAAAAACACAAAGUGAUAUUCAUAAACAUUGAAUGUUUUGUAUUGAGAUUUAAAAAUAAUUAAAUAAAAAAAGUAAAGAUGAUUGAAAUUGAUUGUCUCUUUGUUUAGUCGGAAAGAGACAAAGAGAAAAAGAAUAAUAAAAACAAAUUAUUUUUUGAUUUGCCAUUGCACAAUAAUAGAAAAGACAAUUCUAGAAUUCCGAAACAAUAUUAACAUUUCUUAAAAAAACACAAAACUCCGGAUGAAUAGAAAUUAAAAUGCAACUUCAAUUAAAACCUAAUGACUAUAACUAUAACUACUACUGCACUAGACGAACAAACAUGUAGAUUGAGAUGAAAAUGAAAACAAUUGCAAAGCACUAGCGAAAAGAAAAACAAGUUUUUUUCUUUCUUAAAGUUGAAAACCUCAAAACUUUGUGAGGAAAAACGAAGAAGAAGAAGAGAAAAAAUUAAGAGUAAUUAAAGUGUCUUAACUACAGGAAACUAUGAACAUUUUAAACAAAACAAAAAAAUAUAAUUAAUUAAAUUAAAAGAAGAACAGCAACAGCUUGAAUUUUUUUUGUGGAGAUGCGCAAGAUGCGUUGAUAGUGAAAAUUAUUACAUUUAACUAUUUUCCUCUGUUUCCACGCGAUGUUUCGCUGGUUUCAAUUCUGCUGUUAAUGUUUUGUUUUUCUUCUUACACCACAUUUAAUCCAUUCAUUCUGUCGUCAACAUAAACAUCAAUCUUGUGUGGAAUGAAAUGUCGGCCCUCUAGCUAAAUAAAUUACAAGAGAAAAAUAUAUUUUCCUUCUUUCUGAUUAAAAGUAAUGAAAAUGUUUUACAUAAGUUUUGUUAAAUAUGCUACAUGACAUAUAUCUAUGUGUGGUAUCUGACGUUUGCUUAAAUUAUCUAAAUGUACAUUGUUCACAAUGAGGCUUUUAUGGCGAAAUGAAUGAAGAAGAAAAAUUUCAUGUAAAUACUUUAAAAAUAUUUUCAUUUUCUUCUUUUUUUAUUUUGUUUUCAUUUUCACUGUUCCAUCCAUCCACACCCACAAACAUCCAAGCACCAUAAGUAGAAUUGUGGGAAUGUGUAAAACAAGAUUAUAAUGCAUUUCAUGCACUUUUGUCUAUCCGCCCGUUCGAUAGAAAGACAACUUCAUCAUGAACCCCAUAUAAUCACUAAAAUAAAUUAAAUUAACACUCAACUACAACAGCAAUAAAUGCAACUGCACUUUAACAUCAACAAAAGCGAAAUAUUCUGAAUAUGAUCAAUAUAAACAAUAUUGAACAAUAGUUGAAAGCACUUUGAAUGUUAAGCUUUAAGAAAACAAUGUCAGAGAUCAUAACUAAUCAUUAAAUUAACAUUUUACAUUGAUUGCUAAUCUUUGAAGCCAUUUAAUGAGAGCUUCGAACUUUUUUUCUUACGUUGCGUUGCAAGACUUGGUGAUUAAAUGUUCAUCGACUUUCUUCCUUGUUAUUCAAUUACAAACUUUAUGAAUGUUGAAGCAAGCUUUAACACAUUGAGUGUAUGAUGAGUCACGAACCUAAUGAGUUUCUCCGC